AUGCAUGAUGGGCACUCUGGACGGCUGCAGAAUAAGAUAGCGGUCGUCACAGGUUCAUCGUCAGGAAUUGGUCGAGCGAUUGCACUCAGGUUUUCGGCCGAGGGUGCACAUGUCGUGUGCGCUGACUCGGAGUCAUCGUCGGAUAGCGACAGCGAUUCGAGUGAUAAUGCUACUCACAACGCAAUACUCAGGACCGGCGGCACUGCGAUAUUCGUCAGCACGAACGUCGCAUGUAGCCAGGAGGUACAGAAUUUGGUGCAAACCACCGUCUCUCAUUAUGGUCGACUCGAUAUAUUCGUCAACAAUGCCGGAGUCACCUUCGAUCUAGAGACACUACAACCUAUCUGGACCGCAGACGAGAAUUUGUGGGAUGACAUACAACAGGCGAAUUCGAAGGGCGUCUUUCUUGGUUGCAAGUAUGCAUCGAGGCAGAUGCUCAGUCAAGAUGCACAUCCGAACGGUGAUCGUGGCUGGAUAGUCAACGUCGCGAGUAUCUUCGGACUGGUGGGGACGAGCAAUUUCGCUAGCUAUUGUGCUUCCAAGGGUGCAAUAGUCAACAUGACGAAGGCGGUCGCGUUGGAUUGUGCUCCUCACAGGAUCCAUGUGAAUUGUAUCUGUCCUGGAUGGACUUCAAGCCAAAUGACAAGCGAGCUGAUGAUGGACGACGAAACGCAAGAUCACAUAAUCAGCUUGCAUCCAUUUCGUGGAUUGGGUAUCCCGGAUGACAUUGCACGCGCGGCUGUGUUUCUGGCUUCAGAGGAUUCUUCGUGGAUAACAGGAGUUGCGCUGCCAGUCGAUGGAGGAUAUACCGCUCGAUAA